UGUGGGCGGGCUCCGCGAUCGGCAGCGCCGGCUCUGUUAGCCGCGUCUGAGCAUCCCGGCGGGCGGCUGCGGGGACGCGCGCAAGGUGAUCGCGGGGGCUGCGGGCGCGGCGCCCAGGUUCAUCCGGUGAGGACUGGAAGUUGAGGGCUGUAGGCCCGGGAGUCAGGCAAACCAUGGCCGCCAGCCCGUGGGGCCGGGUGCGGGGCCUCCUGCUGCUGUCACUGCUGCCGUCCCUGGGGGCCGGCCGCGCCCUGGGCCGGGGCUUUUCCACACCCGUUGAAGACUCUAAAUCCCACCUGACCCUGGAAACCCACUUCCAGGGCCCUGCGGGCUCAGAGCCCAAGGCGCUGGACUUCCUGUGGGAGCACCCCAGGGACGAGAGCCCCUGGAGCCCCGAGUUCCCCCAGGCUCCUGCUGAACAAGUGCCCAGGAGGCCCGCACACCCCGGCCCGGGCCCCGCCCUGCAUGGGCCCCCAGCAGCCCAGGGGCCUCCGAGAGAACGACUCCCAGGAACUGACAACCUGCAGCUGGCCCAAGGGCCAAGCUCCCAGGGCUGGACAGGACCUUCCGAGGCACUGGAGCAGGAAGCACCAGCUCCCCACCCAGGGGGACCCCCACAUCUCACCUUCACCCCCACAACUCCCCGGCUUCAACUCAGGGCGGCCACAGCUCCUCCCUCCCCGUGGGAGCCUGGAGGCCGAGCAGAACAGAAGCUACCUGCAGAGGAGGGGCUGCAGGCCAGAGCCAAGACUGGGGGUCCACAGACUCCUCCCUCGGCGCCCCGAGGCCCCGUGCACACUCUCGGGCCGCACGCAGGCGCUGUCGAGGGGCCGCUGCGGGAAGAAGGUGGUGGGCCAGCGGAGGACUUGCAGGAGGUGGCUCAAGGCCCCCUCGCCACCCAGCAGGGUCCAGCAGCCCCGGACGUUGCUUCAGCGUCCUCUCAGGAGCCAGGGGCCCAGGCGGACUUGGCGUUGGCCCGAAGUCUCCCCCCUGCUGAGCACCUGCCAGCCGAGCCCCCAAAAGACACAGGAGCUGGGGAGACCUGGGCAGUCAGCUCCCCAGGCCCCCCGCCCAAGGACACUGACCUCCCCAAUGCUACAGCUUCCCCAGGACCCCAGCCCACAGGCCCUGCAGCUUCUGCGGCCCCCGGCGGGCAGCCAGAGGUAGCGGUCAUGAAUGGGGCAGACCCCGUCUCCCCCCAGCGGGUGAGGGGAGCGGUGGAGGCUCCAGGCACCCCCAAGUCCCUCAUCCCUGGCCUCCUGGACCCCGGCCCCUCUACAAACACAACAGAGAGCCCCGUGAGGGCCCCGCAGCCAGAUGAACCCGAGGAGUGGCCCGGGCGCCCCCAAAGCCAUCCCCCGGCGCCCCCAGUCCAGGCCCCCUCGACGUCGCGCCGCGGCCUCAUCCGAGUCACCACCCAGCGAGCCCUCGGCCAGCCUCUGGCUCCGGAGCCCUCGGCCAGCUCCACGGCUCCGGUCCCGGCCUCCAGCCCCCCGGCCAACGCCACGGCACCGCCGCUGCGCUGGGGGCCUCUGCGGCGGGUGCUGAGCUUUUCCUGGGAGCUGCACGUCUACGGGGUGGGGGUGCUCUUCCUGCUGCCCGCCUUGCUGGCGCUGGCCACGCUGGCAGCCGCCCCGAGCGGGCCCCGGCUGGCGCUAGCGGCGGCUGCGCUGGUGCUGGUGGCUUCGGGGCUGCGCGCCGCCUAUAUGCUCACCGACCCGUACGGCUCGCAGGCGCGGCUGGGCCCGCGCGCGGGCCUGGUGCUCUACAACCUGCCCUUCCCCCUGCUGCUCACCGCGCUGGCGGCCCUCACCUUGCUCGGCCUGGGCGCCGGGCUGCCGCCGCCGCUACAGAACUCGCUCCUGCUGGCAGCCUUGGCGCUGGCGCACGGCGCGGGGCUGCUCGCCGCUGACCUGCUGUCGGCGCGGCCGGCGCUCAACCUCCUGGCGCAGGGUUUGUCGUGCGCCUGGGGCGCGUCGGUGGCUCUGGGCACGCUGUGCCUGUGCCGCCGCCGCCUGCUGCACGGGCCGCGGGGUUGGGAUGCCAGGCCGGGCCCGCGGCUGCUGGCCGUGGCGGGCGCGCUGGGGCUGCUGGCCAGCGGCUUGCAGCUGGCGGCCGCGCUCUGGCUGUACCCGGGCCCGGGCCGCGUCGGCCGCUUCUCGUGGGCCUGGUGGGGCGUCCACUUCUGGCUGCGCCUGCUGGAGCUGACGUGGGCGCUCGCCAUGGCGCUGGCCGCGGUGGCCGCCGCGCGACCCCGGCCGCCCACGGAGCACGCCUGCUGGGCCAAGCUGCUGAGGCUGGCGUGCCCCGCGCCGUCGGGCAAGAGCGAGGUGCCCGAGCGGCCCAACAACUGCUACGCGGGGUCCAGCGGCGUCGGCGCAGGCGGCCUGGCCAUCAGCAAGAGCCUCAUCCGCAACCCGGCCGAGGCCGGUGGGCCGCCCGCCACGCCCAACUCGGGGGCUUGGGGCUCAGCCGCGUCGCUGGGCCGCGGUCCCCACGGUGGUCCGGGGCUGUCCCGGGGCAGCGUGGGGCCGGCGCCGUCGCUGAGCGAGCUGGACCUGCGGCCGCCGUCGCCCAUCAACCUGAGCCGCAGCAUCGACGCGGCGCUCUUCCGGGAGCACCUGGUGCGGGACAGCGUGUUCCGGCGCUGCGGCCUGCGCGGCCUGGCCUCCCCGCCGCCGGGGGGCUCCCUGCGGCAGCGCCGGGGCAGCCAGGCGGACGCCGAGCCCGACGCCGCGGGCGCCUCGCUCCUCCGCUCCGGCCGCUGCCGGUCACUCAGCGACGUGCGCGUGCGCGGCCCGGUGCCCCCGCGCGUGGCCGACGAGCCCGACGGGGCAGGCGGGGUGGCCUCCGGCAGCUCCCUGGACAGCUUCUCCAAGGGCUCGCUCAAGAUCAGCUGGAACCCGUGGCGCCACGGGCUGUCGUCGGUGGACAGUCUGCCCCUGGAUGAGCUGCCCAGCACGGUGCAGCUGCUGCCUGCGCCGGCCCCGACCCCGACCCCGGCCCCGGCACCGGCCCGGCCCGGGGAGCCCCGCGGCGAGCCCCAGGCGCGCGGCAAGCCCGGGGACUCCCGAAGCGCCUCCAGUGAUACCAUCGAGCUCUGAGCGGCCGCCGGGGCAGCUGGACGCAAACUCGCCCCUCCCUUUGUUUUCAAAUCUUAUUUUUUUCAGCGGGUAUUUUGCACAGAGGCCGUGACUUCGGCGGAACACAGGGUGGACAUGUGUGGGUCUGGGCGUGCGGGACACACGAGACCUGGUGCCCGGAUUCCUGGGCGCAGAGAGAUGAGCCUUGGCUUGUCCGGGUGGCCUGUCCUCUUUGUGCCAAAGAAAUAAACCCUUGGG